ACCAUUCCACUUCUGGUACCCCGCGAUCGUACAUCACGUAGCAGAACCUGGUAGAACACCUAUACCGGGAAACCUUUUGCUUGUUGACAUAACGCCACCGAGUUGUACCUGUGGCACGUACCUCUACUACUAUGACUAUGGUUCUUCCAAAACACCGUACCGUAACUGUUGCUUUCUUUUUGAGAAGUCUCUAGCCCAGCGGAGCAGCAAAAACCUUCCAGAAGAUCCCGCACCGUGCCGCGUUCAUUGAGAAAUGAUCCGGCGGGUCCCUCCCGGUGGGCAGCAGCACCGUUGCACCAUUCCCGUUGAGUUCGAGCGAUUGUGUCCCGGAUUCGUAGCUGUUGCCACUUUCGUAUCACUUCCUCGUGCGCGAUUGGCGUGGAAUGCGGGGGCCACCUAUCAACCUGUCCAGGAAAAGUGGUGGCCAGUGCAAGUGAAGGUACAGUUGAUAAAGCUGAUCGAGCACGGGUGGCGCAAAAAACGAGACACCGGAAUGUGCCGUACUGCUGAUUGCUGCCUGGCGAGGAACACUGUUGUCGACGACGGGACAGUAUCAACCCGGUAGCGGGGGUACACAGGCUCACGCACGAUCGAACUCUCGGCCAUCGGUGCCGCUUUGAGAUAUUGGGUGGGUUUGUGCUAGAAAAGGCGUUUUUUUGUCCUGCUACGCAUUCCUGUGUCGGCAUUCAUCGCGAGCCGGGAGCCUUAUCGAGAGCUUAGAACUGUAGCCCGGUCGCAUCUUCCGACGGAGCAGUAUAAAGGGUUAAGGCACACGGGAAGGAAGUAUCAGUUCGCUUAGAAACGCAGCAGGUACAACAGUGAGCAGCAGGUCCUGCAAGGAACUAAUACAAGCGCCGGUUUUAGUGAAGCACUUUCGAAAUGGCAAAGGUGGCUACUGUUUGCUUGGCCAUCGUGGCACUCGUGGGAAGCGCUGCAGCCGUGUCCUACCCUUCGCAAUACUGUCCAUCGAACGAGGUUCUGGUGGCGUCCCCGCCAUGCUGUGAGCCAACGUGCGACUGUGACUGUGAGCAGUCGACGUGCCAGCAGCUGCUCGUCUAUCAGCCAACCUGCGUCUGCAUGACCGGAUACGUACGUCUCGAUGGUCAGUGUGUUCCGAAAUCGUGCUGCCCAGCCCCGGAGACGGAACCUCCCUGCACGACUGCUGCACCCGUGUACCAUCCACCGUCGUGCGGCUGUGGUCAACACCCUUGCCAGUGUGCUCAGCCCGUCUAUCAUCCGGCGCCCGUGUACCAGCCGUGCGAGACCACCUGUGCCCCGGUAGAACCUUCCACCUGUGCCCCACCGGUGUACCAUCCACCGUCGUGCGGUUGUGGACAGCACCCUUGCCAGUGUGCUCAGCCCGUCUACCAUCCGGCGCCGGUGUACAAGCCGUGCGAGACCACUUGUGCCCCGGUCGAGACCACCACCGUCUGCUCUUACCAUCCCGUCUACGAGCAGCCGUCGUGCGGUUGUGGCCAAACCCCGUGCAAAUGUCCCGUCUACGAGCAGCCAUCGUGCGGGUGUGGCCAAACCCCGUGCAAAUGCGCCCAGCCGGUGUACCACCCACCACCUUGCGAGACCACUACCGCGGCACCGGUCUGUGAAACAACGGCUGCACCAACGUGCGCACCCUGUGAGCAGCUAGUCUUCGCUCAUCCGUGCUGUGAGCCAACGUGCGACAACGAUUGCUCCGGUGUUCAGUGCAGCCCGCUGCUGCUGGUCGAGGAGCCGACCUGCGCCUGCCGACCUGGGCUCGUCCGGUACCAGGGCCACUGUGUGGAGCCGACCGUCUGCCCGAAGAGUGCCUCCCGCUACCGGCUGUUCGUACCGAAGACUGUUUCGUGCGCCUGUAACGCACAGAAUGUGGUUGUUUACUAAACGGCAACGACGCCUUUCGGUACACGGUUGAUGUAUCGCGCACAACAUGGAUUUCGGAACAGCUUACAAAACUUUGGAUGUGAUAUCAAAUAAAACCUCCCAAAAA